UGGCUCAGGGAGUACAGAGGCUGCGCUGGGUUGGCGGUUCGAACCCCGGCUGCUCCAUGUCCAAGUGUCCCUGACCAGGACGCCCGUACGGCCGCUUGUGAGGGUUAAAAUGUACAAACCACGGGUUCCAAACGCAAUGCAAGUUGCUUUGUUAUUCAACCGUGGUUCCAAAAUAAUGAGUCAUUUCUUGUUGAUGAGGAUGCAGAAACAGGCGCAGUACCAGAAACUCAGUUCAUUGCCACCAACUAUCAAGACUUUUAAAAGACGCCUGCAGAGAUCAUUAAUGUCUUCAUGUGUUGACUAUGGACAGCGUCUGAGAACAUGCAGACGACAUAAAAACACACGGAUCAAAGCGGUCAAAUAGCCGUAUUGUCGUCACGUCUCUGCUGGGUUCAGGCAGGUGCACUUUGGCUCACCUGUGAGAUGUGUAAUGUGUAACUGUUUAAGUAGUAAAUCAGCGGGCCCAGCGGUCCGUUGGUGUGGACACACGUGGAGCCGUUCGUCCCCAAGAAGCCGUCGAUCUAAUCUAGUUUAAUCUGUUUGAAUAAUGGUGUCGUUGUGUAUUUUGUGCUCAUUGUGUAAUCACAAAAGUUUGUGGUUGAGUUGUUUUUUCUGAAUGAAUGUUGACUCGAGGAGGAUUUGAACAUUCUGCCACUUUUCUUCACAUUUCUUUUCACUUUGUUGAACCACUUCGCGGAACAAAGAGUCCUCGUCCACACUAGAAAGCACUGGGUGUAGUCUCUCUCUCUCUCUCUGUCUCUCUCUCUUAUUUCUUACUUUGUGCUUGAAAUAAGGAAACACCCAACAGCCGGACACUUGUCCGCCGCGCUCUCGAUAAACCUGUUCCUCGCUUUCGUCCUGAGCCAUGACUCAAAUACCUGAGCGGUGAAUUCAGUGGUGUUCCGUGAGGUCGCUCUUCCUCCUGUUUGCAGAUGACUGUUAUGUUAAUAUUUAUCUUAGUAAUUAACUCCUGGUGCAUUGACGUGUAGACAAACAGUAUUACUUACCAAAAAGGCUUCUUUUAAAAUAGGAGCAGAUUUGAAUUUCUCUGAAACAAUGUGUGAUUCAUCGAUAGUCUCGUGGCUUUCAAAGACAUUUUUCCAAGUGAUUAAUGCGACUGUAAUAAGAUAAACGAUACCAGGGUUUCCCAUUCAUAGACUGUAUUAGUGGGCAACAUAGAUUUGCCCCACCUAAAAAGGUUUUAAUGGUCUCCUAUUUGUUGUAUUACUGUAAGUGUGCAAAGUAACGAAAUGUUGCAAGUGCAAUAUUUUCCUUAAAUGUAGUUUCAUUUAAGAAGAUUUAACGUGUCACACACACAUACAUUACCUGAGCUGCACAGUGUCAAGCCAGUGCAUUAAAUCUGUUUAACCCUUUAUUCUCCUCUGUAGGUUUAGCCAGGAGGGUUGUGACGGAGACUCAACGUUCGUGGAGAUGACCUUCUGAGGGACACAAUACAUUUUCUUCUGUCAAAAGCGGAGCUGUUAAAAAUGCUGAAGGUGAUGGAGCCGUUUGAUGACAAGGUCCGAGUCCUCACUAGGAACAACAUGAGCAAGAGCCUCGGAGACUUGGACCAGUGUGGCAAGAGUCCAGAGACGAUGCUGAAUGAUUCCUACAACAAACUCUACAAUGCCAAAAUCAGGAAGUUUAUGAAACGUGACUUACUCGGUUCCAUGGAGAGCAUUGUGGACAAGAACGUUACCACCAAGCAAACCGAACCAGGGUCCCCUAAGGUCCACCUAAAGAACAACAUGGGGUUACCUCGCCUUGGAGUUGACUUUGGACUUAUGAAACCCAGGACUCUGAUCACAGACAUUGAUGAUGAGUCACAAUCUGAUCACGCUGGAGAACCAACAUAUGAAGGCAACCUGAACCUUCCUUUUUUGGGUAAUGCGAAUGGCCGAGGUGGGGCACAACUUCUACCAAGAGUGAAAGACUUUGCUAGAAAUCCACAGUUCAACACUUCGGACUAUCAAUUGUCCCGAAGGUUAACAGAAAGUCCAGACGUUGAUGCAUCGCAACAUGACAUACAUGGACUGGAAACUGGCAUGCCUUCAGGAAAAGUUCAAAUGCCACAAAAGAUUAAUCUUAGAUCUCCAGUUUUAGAUGUGGAUGCUCCAUCUGGUAAAUUCUCUAUGCCCAACUUUGGGGUCUCAGGCAACAGUGAAACUGAUGUUAAAACACCUGACAGUCUCAAAACAGCAAAAAUAAAAGGUGGGAUUCAUGCACCUAAUGUAAAUCCACCAAAAGCUGACCUAAAAGAACCAAGUCUAGGCUUUGGCACUCCAUCGGUUGACACAAAAGUUCCAUCUGGAAAAUACAAAGCUCCUAAGUUUAAAAUGCCCCACUUUGAUUUACCAGAUAUUCAAGUUCCUGGUUUUAAUGGAGAUGUAAAGGGACCAGAUGUUGGACUGUCAGGACCAAAGCUUAAAGGGCUUGAUGGUGAGCUAAGAAAUCCUGACUUUGAUCUCUCAGCCCCCAAAUUCAAAGGAGCUAUUGGCUCCCCAGGUAUUAAUUUGCCGCAGAUGGACCUUAACAAACACAGACUGGAUCUUAGUGGCCCAGACGUUGACUUAAAUAUGCCCUCUGGGGAUUUCAAGUUACCAGCAAUGAAGAAACCAAAUAUUGGCUUGAAUGCUCCUGACAUGCAUAUUGAUGCUCCUUCAAGCAAGUUUCAAAUGCCAACAUUGAAUCUUUCAGGGACAUUGCCUAAAGGACCAAAUGUAAAUGUAAAAUCCACAGAUCUUGAUCUCAAAGCCCCAAAGUUAAAGGGUGGGAUUGAUGCCCUGGACUUGGACUUACCAAACACAGACUUCAAAGGUCCAAAGUUUGAUGUGGACGCUCCAGAUGUCAACCUUGGUUCACACAAAGCAAAAUUAAAGAUGCCUACAUUUAGUCCUCCAAAACUAAAAGGACCUGAGAUCGAUGGAAACUUGCAUGGCAUCAAUUUUGAUGCACCCAAUGUCAACCUCAAAGGUCCUAACGCUGAUCUUGGAAUGCCAGAUUUAGAUAUUUCUGGUCCAUCGGGUAAACUGAAGAAGCCACAUUUUAAGAUGCCUGGUUUUGGGCUUUCUAGUCCAAAGUUUGAGGGUCCCAACCUGGGCCUCAAAACACCUGAUCUAGAUAUAUCUGGUCCCAAUCUCAGUGGGGGUUUCAAUGCUCCAGACAUAAACAUGCCUAAAGUUGAUCUUAAGAGCCCCAAACUGGACUUUAAUAGCCCAAAUCUCAACUUAGACAUGCCAUCUGGUAAAAUGAAAAUGCCAGAGCUUCAUUCUCCAGACUGGGAUGUUAAAGCCCCCUCAGGCAAAAUGAAAAUGCCUAAGUUCAAUCUUUCAGGUACAUUACCAAAAGGACGUAACAUGGACAUAAACACAGGUCUGAGUGCACCAGAUUUGAGUCUGAAGGCUCCAAAGAUCAAGGGUGGAAUUGAUGCCCCUGACUUGGACUUACCAAAUAUGGACCUUAAAGCUCCCAAGUUUGAUGUUAAUGCUCCAGAUGUGAACAUUGGUUCACCCAAUGUGAAAUUCAAAAAGCCCAAAUUCAAACUACCUAAAUUUAGUAUUCCAAGCCUGAAAGGUCCUAAGAUUGAUGGGAAAUUUGACAUCCCAGAUGUUGAUUUAAAUGCACCCAAUGUCAACCUCAAAGGUCCUAACGCUGAUCUUGGAAUGCCAGAUUUUGAUGUUUCUGGUCCAUCGGGUAAACUCAAGAAGCCAAAUUUUAAGAUGCCUGGUUUUGGGUUUUCUAGUCCAAAGUUUGAGGGUCCCAACCUGGGCCUCAAAACACCUGAUCUAGAUAUAUCUGGUCCCAAUCUCAGUGGGGGUUUCAAUGCUCCAGACAUAAACAUGCCUAAAGUUGAUCUUAAGAGCCCCAAACUGGACUUUAAUAGCCCAAAUCUCAACUUAGACAUGCCAUCUGGUAAAAUGAAAAUGCCAGAGCUUCAUUCUCCAGACUGGGAUGUUAAAGCUCCCUCAGGCAAAAUGAAAAUGCCUAAGUUCAAUCUUUCAGGUACAUUACCAAAAGGACCUAACAUGGACAUAAACACAGGUCUGAGUGCACCAGAUUUGAGUCUGAAGGCUCCAAAGAUCAAGGGUGGAAUUGAUGCCCCUGACUUGGACUUACCAAAUAUGGACCUUAAAGCUCCCAAGUUUGAUGUUAAUGCUCCAGAUGUGAACAUUGGUUCACCCAAUGUGAAAUUCAAAAAGCCCAAAUUCAAACUACCUAAAUUUAGUAUUCCAAGCCUGAAAGGUCCUAAGAUUGAUGGGAAAUUUGACAUCCCAGAUGUUGAUUUAAAUGCACCCAAUGUCAACCUCAAAGGUCCUAACGCUGAUCUUGGAAUGCCAGAUUUUGAUGUUUCUGGUCCAUCGGGUAAACUCAAGAAGCCAAAUUUUAAGAUGCCUGGUUUUGGGCUUUCUAGUCCAAAGUUUGAUGGUCCCAACCUGGGCCUCAAAACACCUGAUCUAGAUAUAUCUGGUCCCAAUCUCAGUGGGGGUUUCAAUGCUCCAGACAUAAACAUGCCUAAAGUUGAUCUUAAGAGCCCCAAACUAGACUUUAAUAGCCCAAAUCUCAACUUAGACAUGCCAUCUGGUAAAAUGAAAAUGCCAGAGCUUCAUUCUCCAGACUGGGAUGUGAAAGCCCCCUCAGGCAAAAUGAAAAUGCCUAAAUUCAAUCUUUCAGGUACAUUACCAAAAGGACCUAACAUGGACAUAAACACAGGUCUGAGUGCACCAGAUUUGAGUCUGAAGGCUCCAAAGAUCAAAGGUGGAAUAGAUGCCCCUGACUUGGACUUACCAAAUAUGGACCUUAAAGCUCCCAAGUUUGAUGUUAAUGCUCCAGAUGUGAACAUUGGUUCACCCAAAGCCAAAUUUAAAAUGCCAAAAUUCAAAACGCCCAAAUUGAACUUCCCAGGCCUAAAAAGACCUGAAAUUGAUGGCAACUUUGAUGGCCCAGAUGUUGAUUUAAAUGCACCCAAUGUCAACCUCAAAGGUCCUAACGCUGAUCUUGGAAUGCCAGAUUUUGAUGUUUCUGGUCCAUCGGGUAAACUCAAGAAGCCACAUUUUAAGAUGCCUGGUUUUGGGCUUUCUAGUCCAAAGUUUGAGGGUCCCAACCUGGGCCUCAAAACACCUGAUCUAGAUAUAUCUGGUCCCAAUCUCAGUGGGGGUUUCAAUGCUCCAGACAUAAACAUGCCUAAAGUUGAUCUUAAGAGCCCCAAACUGGACUUUAAUAGCCCAAAUCUCAACUUAGACAUGCCAUCUGGUAAAAUGAAAAUGCCAGAGCUUCAUUCUCCAGACUAGAAUGUUAAAGCUCCCUCAGACAAAAUGAAAAUGCCUAAAUUCAAUCUUUCAGGUACAUUACCAAAAGGACCUAACAUGGACAUAAACACAGGUCUGAGUGCACCAGAUUUGAGUCUGAAGGCUCCAAAGAUCAAAGGUGGAAUAGAUGCCCCUGACUUGGACUUACCAAAUAUGGACCUUAAAGCUCCCAAGUUUGAUGUUAAUGCUCCAGAUGUGAACAUUGGUUCACCCAAAGCCAAAUUUAAAAUGCCAAAAUUCAAAACGCCCAAAUUGAACUUCCCAGGCCUAAAAGGACCUGAAAUUGAUGGAAACUUUGAUGGCCCAGAUGUUGAUUUAAAUGCACCCAAUGUCAACCUCAAAGGUCCUAACGCUGAUCUUGGAAUGCCAGAUUUUGAUGUUUCUGGUCCAUCGGGUAAACUCAAGAAGCCAAAUUUUAAGAUGCCUGGUUUUGGGCUUUCUAGUCCAAAGUUUGAGGGUCCCAACCUGGGCCUCAAAA